AUGGAUACCUCGUGCUUUUUUCCGCUGGCGAUACCGCCGGUUUUGCCCUUGAUGCCUUCUCUUUUCAUGGGGUCGCUCGUCUUGGCUAUGAUCGUGAUGACGUUUGCCGUCUUUGACGUCUUUGUAUAUCCCUUCUAUGUGUCUCCUCUCCGGCAUCUUCCUGGACCUACCGAUAAUGUUUUCUUUCUUGGCCAGGCCGCAAAGUUUCUUCAGGUCCCUUGGUUUCCUGAACUAUUUUGCAAGUGGUCCCGCGAGUUUCCCGAAGCGCCCUUGAUUCGAUAUCUCAAUUUUGGGAACAGUGAGACUCUCUUCGUAAACUGCAUCGAGGCAUACAAACAGGUGCUCCAGACGAAGAAUGCCUAUUUUGUUAAGCCUACUUUUGCAAGACAAUUUGCUCAUGAGAUCAUUGGUGACGGACUGCCCUUCGUUGAGGGUAAGCUGCAUAAGUUGCGUCGAGCGGCUAUCAGUCUUGAGACCAAUAUUUGGAAAGCAGUCCUCGACGUGAUUGGACUCGAAACGUUUGGACUUGACCUCAACCAUCUUGGAUCCGACGAGUCUCCUCUCUUUGAAACAUUCACCAAAAUGAUGCAGCCAUCGGUAGUUGGCCAUAUUGUCAACUAUUUGAACUCGCUUACCCCGAUUCGACAAUUCGUUCCUAUCAGAGAAUGCAUAGAAUUUUCGCAAAGCUGUACUCGAGUUCGAGAGUUCAUCAUUGGUCUAGUGACGAUCCGACGUGAUCAUUGCGAACAAGGUUAUGUCAAAGAAAAUGACAACCGGGAUGCUCUUCAGUGUCUGUUGGAGUAUUCUGACCCUUCUUGGAACGACAAGAGUAUCGUUGAAUAUAUUUUGAACCUUCUGAUUCUUGGACACGACACAACGGCUUGUUCCAUCACUUGGGCUGUUCAUGAACUCUCACGACGACCCUACUGCCAGCAGCGUCUGAGGGAUGAGAUCAAGGCUAUGGACAGCAUUUGCGCCAUGCCUGGCUUUAGCGAUAUAGACAAGCUCCCAUACCUGCACAACUUUGUGCGCGAAGUCUUGCGACUAUACUGUGCCGUGGCCAUGGCACCACGACAAGCUACCCAGGAUGUCGAAAUCGCAGGUGUCAUGAUCCCCAAAGGAACCGUGAUCCAACUCUCCCCAGCAGUCAUGAACACACACCCCUCAGUCUGGGGCCCUACAGCGCAGGACUUCAAUCCUGACCGCUGGAACGACCUAACAGGCGAAGCAACAAGCGCAUAUGCCUUCGAGACGUUUCACAACGGCCCGCGUAUGUGCAUCGGCAAGCAGUUGUCCAUGAUGGAGAUGAAGGUGAUGCUUGUGGAGAUGGUGCGAAAGUUCAAGAUCCAGAAGCCUCACGGAAGCGAGGAUAAGCCAGUGGAAGUUGCUGGACCUACCUUUACGCUGCGGCCAAAGGAGAAGUUGGUCGUGCGGCUGGUGGAGGUGUAA